GACUAUACACGAGUUACACGAGUCGCAUGACAUUUGUAGUACCGUAUAUGUAUUGUUAAGUGAGCAGUCUGCACAAUGACGAGUGAAGAUGCAAAAGUCUCCAAGCCUAUUGUCGAUUUAGAAGAACUUUAUAAGAAUAUAAAUUGUUUGCCUGAAUGGCUGGAAACUGUGAAGUUGAGAGAAAAUGCAGAAUUUGUUUUUCGUGGAUCCCAAAUAAGUGUCGAUGGAGAAGUUCUUAGAAAAGAAUCGAGGGAUGCUAUGCCAAAGACUAUUUUAUGUCAUGAUAUGAUGGGUGGUUAUUUGGAAGAUAGAUUUAUAAAUGGAUCACAAGCCUAUGAUUCUUAUUUGUUCUAUCAUUGGAAUCUGAUCGAUACGUUUAUAUACUUCAGUCAUCAUUUAAUCACUAUACCGCCUUAUGGAUGGAUUAAUACAGCUCAUAGACAUGGUGUAAAAAUACUGGGCACUGUUAUUACGGAGAAUAAUAAUGGCGAGGAAGUGUGGAAACGAGUACUUGUAUCUGAGGAAAAGUGCAGGGAGUUUGCCAAUGCUCUCAUACACGUUGCACAACAUUAUGGAUUUGAUGGAUGGCUUUUAAACAUUGAGAAUAAAAUUGAGGCAGACUCAAUUGAGAUGCUUUUAUAUUUUAUACGGUACCUCACAAGUAAUAGUCACAUAGCAAAUGAAAUCUCUGAAAUAAUUUGGUACGACAGUGUGACCAUUGAGGGAAAGCUUCAUUGGCAAAAUGAACUAAAUGAUUUAAACAAAGCUUUUUUCCUGGCGUGUGACGGCAUAUACCUCAAUUACAAUAUUACAAAAAAAGGAUUGGCAUCUAGUAAAUCUUUAGCUGAUUUGUACGAUAGAAGUAAGGAUGUCUACGUUGGAGUGGAUGUUCAUGGAAGAGGAUCGCCAGGAGGUGGCGGUUUCGAUUCAAGCGAGGCUAUGCAGAUGAUAGCAGAUAGUCACCUCUCGGCUGCGAUAUUCGCGCCAGCAUGGACUUAUGAAUACUUUAAUGGAGAAAAAUUCUACGAAAUAGAAGAUACAUACUGGGCCCAGCUGAUUCCUUACCUAUAUAUUCACGUACCUUUGUACGAUAAUGAAACCUUCCGGACAUCCUUCUGUCGUGGCGCUGGAGUCAAGUAUUACUGCAACGGCAAGGUCGAAUAUAAUGGGUUCUAUAAUCUAUCCAAGCAAAAAGUACAGCUUUCCGUGACUGUACCAAAUUUAUUAUUCACGCGUAAGGAAUUAAUCAGCGAGAAACCCCUGAAAAAGAUCUACGAAUCCGCAGAAAGGAUCCUGACCAUAAACGGUAGAUCAAUCACGAUAGAGAAAACAAGUACAAAUCCAAAAAAAAAUUAUUUUGAAUUCCACAACAUGUGUUCCUAUAAUGGCGGUGGAUGCUUAAAGCUUAUAACCGUAGAUCCUAAAGUGUAUCACAGGCUGCUAUUGGUCUACGUAGAAUUUGCAAGAGGAAUACAAGCAACCAUCAUCUACAGGAAUAACGGAGAGCAUACGCAAGUACCAAGAAAUUUAAUAACAAGCGCUCCAAUGCUAAUCCUAGGCAACGACCAGGAUCUUAAAUGCAUCAAACCCAUAGACGUGGAGCAAAUAGAUACUCAAUGGAACAGAGGUUUAUAUUCUACUACCAUGAGAAGCAUCUUCGAGAUAGGCCUAGCUUUUUCAACUCCAGGCGGUUACGAGGUCGGCGAGAUCCUUCUAGAAGAAAAACAGCCACGUUUCGGUGUGAUCCUGGUGGUUUUUGGAGUUCUGGUCCUGGUGCACGGAGCUUCUUUAGGAGGAUCCGGAGCAGGACUCUGGGCAGGAGCAGGUGCUCUCGUAGCCGGUGCUCUUGGAGUCAUAGCGACCAUCACCACAUUCACGGAGAAGUCUCAAAAGGGAAACUCUGGUUUUUCAACGGCGUAUCUGGCCUCUAGUUUAGUUUCCUUGGCCCUUUCCAACAUGGCUGCUAUUACGGCCCUUACUGCAGUCGUCAGAGAUUCCCAGAGGGUGCCCGAAAUUACUCUGCUGAGUUUGCCAGAUGAAGAAGAUGAUUUGGUCGAACUAGAAGGUGGUUGGGGUGGUCUUCAAGCUAGCAUCGGUUUGCUCAUCGCCAGUGUCGUCGAACUUCUCAUCUCAGGUUAUAGCUGUGUCACUCUGACCCCUAGACUCUGUAGUUGUCUCAGGUCAAAUAGUGAAACUAGUGAACCUGAGGGCAAACUCAAGACUCAUAAUAUGGUUCAUCAAUGGGUGGUCACUCAGAAUCUUCUUCCUAAGAAUCAACCUAUAUACGUGCUACAGCCUGUACUGCCAAUGCAUCCGAUGAUGCAGCCGCCGUAUGCGACGAUGACUCCUCCACCGCGAAAUUAUCCCGCCCCAGGGAUGAUUUCUCCUCCAGGAAGUAUACCAAUCGGGACUCCGGGAUACAAGCUCGCUGUUCCUCCACACCUCGGGCAUCCUAAUCAACCAUCAUCACAAAUGAUGCGUAUGAAACCCAGAAGACACCCUGGUGAACAUCAUCCUGAACAAAUUCAUGACAGGAAAAGACAUCUUCAAAGUAAAAACGAGAAGAAAUGCCAAACCAUUGGCGAAGAUCAAGUUGACCUUGCUCACACCUAUACAGGACUUGACAAAAGGAUCUCUGAAGAAUUUAUCUCCAUAGCUAUGGAUCCUGAGAGAAAAUCUAAAGCUUCGAGUAGCCUAGGCAGUGAUAUUGGUACUAGAAAGUCAUCCUAAGGGCAUGUAUACAGAAUCAUUAUCACUGAACGUACUCUUCCUUGCUAACUCAAUUUGGACAGAACAAAUGUUGAACAGAAAAUACGACCUAAUUUUUAUUGAGACAGCAGAAAUAAGUUUUUCUGUUUCAGUCUUAAUACUUUUUAAAUCUUCUCCUGUUGAUGUGCCUUACUAGGUAUAUGAGAGUGUAUACCUAUCAAUCUGUGUACAUAGUAUACCUGUAUGCCUCCCCAUGUGUUCUAUCUCUGCGAGAUUGUCUGUAUAUAUGUAUCUAUAGAAUAUAAAUAAAUUGGCACUUUGUUUUGCA